AUGACCUUCAUAACGAACAUUCUGAUAGUGCUGGCAUUUCCGGUUAUCACGGUCGCUCUAAUCGAGCUCUACUUCGAUCGUAGCUUUGGCAUGAACUUCUUUAAUACCGCCAGAGGCGGUGACCCGGUGCUGUGGCAGCAUCUCUUCUGGGUGUUCGGACAUCCUGAGGUGUACAUUCUGAUACUGCCCGCUAUGGGUAUUGUCUCCGAGAUACUGCCCACAUUCUCCAAGAAGCCGCUGUUCGGCUAUCCGGCGAUUGUACUGGCGGGCGCCAUCAUCGCGUUCAUGGGUUGGAUGGUCUGGAGCCACCACAUGUUCACAGUGGGUCUAGGUCCAAUCCCGAUUACGGUGUUCACGAUAACGACUAUGGCGAUUGCGGUGCCCACGGGCAUAAAGGUGUUCAACUGGAUGGGCACUAUGUGGGGCGGCCAAAUGGACUUCAGGACGCCCAUGUUAUAUGCCGUAGGCUUUGUCGCCAUGUUCACGAUCGGCGGCAUCAGUGGCGUCAUGCACUCUUCGGCGUCGUCGGACGCACAGCAGCAGGAUACCUACUUCAUUGUGGCGCAUAUUCACUAUGUGCUGUUCGGUGGCGCGAUAUUCGCGAUAUUCGGUGGCAUAUACUACUGGUUCCCCAAGAUAACGGGGCGUAUGUACAACGAGGUUCUAGGGAAGCUCAACUUCUGGCUUGUUUUCGCAGGUUUUAACAUAGCCUUCUUUCCUCAGCACUUCCUUGGGCUGGACGGGAUGCCGAGGCGCAUCUAUACCUACGAUGCGGGCAUGGGUUGGAACCUAUGGAAUGGUGUUUCCACCUUGGGAGCGAUUGUUAUGGCAGUGGGCGUCUUAGUUAUGAUACACAACCUUGCCAGAAGCUGGCGCAAGGGCGAACUUGCAGGAAAUGAUCCGUGGGACGCCAGGACUCUUGAGUGGUCCAUCCCAUCGCCGCCGCCCGAGUACAACUUCGCAGAGAUUCCGACCGUAUAUGACAGAGACGACUGGUGGGCGCGCAAGCGCCGCGAGGUCAGGCGGGCUGUUCCCGUAGCAGGUGGGUCGGGCUACGAUGAAGGGCAUGGCAUCCAUCUGCCUCAGCCAUCCUACUGGCCGAUUAUUGUGUCGAUUGGUAUCCUGAUAGGCGGCUUCGGCUUGGUCUAUCCGGUCGGCUACUAUGCGAUUUCUAUCGUUGGCGUACUCAUUGGAAUGAUUGGCGUGUAUUCAUGGUCUUUCGAGCCUGUUAACGACCCUGAAGACGCCGAGCAAGCGGCUCACUAA